AUGGAUGAAUUGUUUGAAGAAAAUGUGGAAGAAUCCCUUCUCACCAUUCUUACUUCAACAAAGUUCCACCUGAAGAAGCACGUACCGCAAUCUUCGACUAGUAUAUGGACAACUGAAAAAGAUGAGGAUGAAGUUUGCGUAGUGCAAAAUAUUGGUGAUGCAGAUGCAGCCAAAAGUAGCCCACCGUUUGAGCCUAUCCCACAGAAGCUGGUCCCAGUAAGGUGA